UGGUAUAUGCGCUGAAACGGUUAGGAAGUAGUCUUAGAGGAAAAUAACCAGGGGAGCGAAGAUCGAAAUUAAUUAUGUCUACUGGAGAUAAAAAAUUAAAAAAUGCGUCUAAGAAACAAGAUUGCACAGAUCAUCAGCACAUGAACAGUGUUGUGAUAGUCAAGGAGGAUAGUACCAACGAACCUCAAAAGAAUCUUCGAAAACCUUUGAAGGAACUUACUACUGGUGUGCAACCUAUUGAUUAUGAAGAAGAACUUAUUAACAAAAGAAAUGAUAUUAAACGAGAUGCUUCAAACAGCUUGUUAUUGUUUCCGCAAGAUAAUAUAAUGUUUUAUAAGCAAGGAAGGGAGUUGAGAACUGAAUAUUCAACAGUUCCACCUCAAGCUUUCAAAGAUGCAAAUAACUUGUUUGUCAAAGAGUGUUUAAACAUUUAUACAUGUGAAAAUUGUAUACUGGAUUUCAAAUACAAACAAUAUGAUGGCAGCUAUCGUCAAUUAGAAAAAAAUCAGUUAUUAAAUACAUUUAGUGGACUAAUUCAACCUUUAUUUGAAAUUGAUGUGGAUGUUGAUGCGAUGGAUGGGAUUCAUGAUACUGUUUUGGUACCAACCAAAGAAAAUGGAAUCUAUAAAGAGGGCUAUUUGACAAAAUCUCCUUUUCAUUCAGAUGGAAAUCCUGUGUUGGGAUCAAAGCAAGUUGAGUCAGUCAUCUCAAAGACUUACAAAAGAAGGUGGUUUACCUUGAAACAGACAUCUAAUGAUGGCUCGUAUAUUCUUGAAUAUCGUAAGGAAGAAGGAAGUGCUUUUGCAAAAGGCACAUUGUAUCUUGAUUCUUGUACACAAAUUCAAAAAGGUGUAAAAGGAAGAAUGUAUGGUUUUGAAUUGCACAUACAAGAUAAGAUAUAUGGCUUAGCAGCAGAUAGCCUAACUGAAAUGGAGGGAUGGAUAAAAGCUUUGUGUAAAUCUAUUGGAAUUGAGAUAGAACAGGAAAAAUCAUCACAAGGUUUCCUUUUUGGCAGAUCAACUCAACCAAAACCCAAAAAUUUACGAGAAAGUUUGAAAAAUAGUAGCCAUCCAUUAUUGCAAGAAUUUGCUAAAGAGACGGAUGAGGGUAACAGAAAAAACCGACAAAAAAAUCGUGUAAAAAUUUUUUCAGUUUACCCUGAUGUGAACAAUAGUUUUGGUAUAGAAAACCCAAAGGAAAGUUUUAUAGAGCCAUUUCAAGUCGCACUUCGGCAUCGAUUUGUUGUAGAAUUGGUGGAUUUAGCAUUUAAAUUAUGCAACCAAUCAUCUCAGGGAAAAACACAAAACUGUGAACCAUUCUUUCUAUCACUUGCUUUAUUUGAUUCACGGAAUGGUAAAAAACUUUCUGAAGAUUUCACAUGUGAUCUGAAUGAAAAAUCUGUAAAAGAUAUGUUGUUGCCUGAUAAUCCAGUAACAGAAAAUGGACAUGAAAAUUUCUCCAAUCAAAGAGAUAAAGAUAGCACCUUCUCCAGUCCUAAAAUGUGUGUAUUCUCUGUCGAAUCUCCACAUCCAGAUAUAUAUCUUGUUUUGAGAGUAAAUAAAGUACUGCAAGGGGGUAUUGGACAAUGUACUGAACCAUACAUCAAAGCAUUUGAUCACCCUAAAACAGCUCAAAAAAUCACAAAGCAGGCACGAUUGAUGUGUAAGAGAUUGGGAAAAUUCACUAUGCCAUUUGGAUGGGCAGCAAGGACUGUAUUUAAAAGUGAUGGUGAAGUGGAUUUGACUGCAGAAUUUACCCCUAUUUACAAGCAGGAAACUUCAAAACUAACAGAUGAUGAAAUGAUAAAAUUAUUGCAAGAUAUGAAGGGAGAUACCAAAUUUAAUAAACAAAUUAUUCCUGGAAACUUUCAUUGUUUAAUAUCAAAGCUAGCUUUGAACCAUCCAAACUGCUAUUCUCCCUCAUUGAUUCCAUUAAAACCCUUUUCUCAAUCAGAAGACAUUCAGUCAAGUUUAGAGAUUCAAACAUUUAGCCAGGGUAAGACUGAAACAUCUUUACCAUGUACGGAUUAUGCCAACAACUUUUACAUCUUUCCUGUUUCAUUGAAUUAUGGACCACAGAAAACAGUCAAGGCAAGAAAUAUAUCAUGCACUGUACAGUUCAAAGAUUCAGAUGAACUUUCUGCAAAGCCACUGAAAUGUAUUUACCAGCGUAAUGGUACAUGCUCUUUCACACAUCAAGUAACUUGCCCUGUUGUGUACCACAAUACAGCACCUACGUUUUACGAAGAGAUUAAAAUUCUUCUUCCUCCACAACUUGAAGCAAAACAUCAUGUUCUAUUUACAUUCCAUCAUGUAAGUGUUGAACAACCUAAAGAAACAAAAACUAAAAAGAAAGAUGUGGUCACACCUGUGGGAUAUUGUUGGAUGCCAAUCUUAGAAAAUUCCAUCGUAAGAAAUGAUGAGAGUAACCUGCCUGUUGCGUUGUAUUUACCAGAGAAUUAUAUGAAUGCUCAAAAUUUUGGGUUUGGUAAACACAUUGGUCCAGAUAUUAAAUGGGCUGAUGGAAAAGGCAGCAACCUGUUUAAAGUUAAAACCAAACUACAGUCAACAAUAUACACUCAGGAUCCUCACACAAAUAACUUCUUUUCCCAUUGGCAAUUGUCAGAGGGAAAGGCUGUCUCAUCAGCUGAUGCAGAAACAUCUCGUCUGCUAAAACUGAUGCAUGGCACUGAUGUUAAUGUCUUGAUCAGGUUCCUACCAGUUUUUUUAAAUCAACUUUUGAAAGUGCUUAUUCUUGUAAGUAACGAAGAUGUAGCAGUUAACGUUGUCAGGUAUGAAUGCUCUGCUCUUUUUUUUCUUUCAGGUGUUAUUCACCAAAAAAAAAAUUUUACAUUCUUGAUACAUACAAUUUUUUUCAGUCUUUUAAUACGUGUGACCAGUAUGUUGCAUGAAGUUAACAAAAGUCAUCUACUAAAGUCCUACGUGAAGUAUACGUUUCAAAUGGAAGGGAUAAACAAUAAGACAGUACACGAAGAGUUAUCAAAGCAUUUGAUAUUUUACCUACAUCUUGGAGCAGACCCUUCUAUGAUUGGAAACAUCCUGCAGCAUUCCUGGUUUUUCUUUGACAUCAUGAUAAAAAGUAUGGCUUGUGGUCUUUUUAAAGAUAAAAAUACUCUGGCAACAGAUACUCAUCGAAACCGUUUCAAAAAGGAGUUUCUCGAUAGUCUGGAUAACCUAUUUCAAGUUUUCAUUUAUCAGUUAGUCAGGAAGGCAAAAGACAAACCAACCAUUGCGAAAGAAGCUAAUAAAAACCUUGCUGUUUUUGUAAAAGAUUGUUUUGCUCUUAUUGACAGAGGGCAUGUGUUUUGCAUUAUCAACUACCUUAAGGACCAAUAUAAGCCAGCUGAUACUCAGAUGCUUGAAUUGAAAUUUGAGUUUAUCCAUUGGAUUUGCGGGCAUGAGCACUAUGUAGCGCUAAAUCUUCCCAUUGAUAUCAGAAUAAAGGGAGACGUUCAUGCAAGUGUAUUGAGUGAUGCUUUUUGCAGAAAACAUUUUAUGGUUGGAGUUCUACUCAAAGAGUUUUCUGAAGCAUUGUAUCAACCAAAAGUGAUUCGAAAGUAUGCAAUAAAAGUGCUCAGGAAUUUGUUAGUAAAGCAUGAGCUGGAUGACCGAUAUACUGGCGAGGAAAAGCAGUCUCGGAUAGCAGCUAUGUAUAUUCCGUUCCUCACAAUGAUGCUGGAGCACUCAUUAAGAUUUCACAAAAAUCUUGAUCGCCCAUUAAUUGAUGAUAGCUUCCUUUCUUUGCAUCUGAUUGGUCAAGUAAAUGACGAUUGUAUGUCUCCUGUGUCUAAACGCACGUCUGUACAGUCUGGAGGUUUAUCCGUAGACACACGCUCUCUAAUGUCAUUGGAUCCGUCGGGAAAGACUCCUCCCAUUUUACCUUUUGAUGAAGAUGAAUCAAGAGAAUACAUGUUAUCUUUCUUGUAUGUUUUAAAGAAUUUGAAAUCAGUUAUUAUUGUGGAUUGGUGGAGAGAUAUUUUGACAACACCUGUCAAAAGACAACAAUCGAAUCCUACAAUGAUCUACUAUAUGCAUCAUGAGAAACAAUUUGCCAAAUUUAUGUCAGUUAUUGACUUUUUUGAUUUGCUGGAACAAUGCAUUAAGAUGUUUAAGUACACUGGAAUGAAAGCUUCUAAAGAGAGAAGCUCAAACACUGCAGAGUCUACAAAGCAGUUUUUAGAAACAAAGUAUUUGUCACUAUCAAAGCCGUCACCUCGGUUGUCAAUAGUAUUGACACAUAAGAGAAAUUUAAGCACUUCAAGCAUGCAAAGUGAAAACGUGAAUGGUGUUGAUUUGGAGAAGCGCUCCCUACUCGAAGCUAAUCUCUCUAACGAGGUAGCAGUGAUAUCACUAGACAUGUUGGAACUCUUCUGCACUCACUUUAAGUUUCAUCUAGAACAAGACGACGGUGACAACAUCCUGAUGAAAAAAAUAUUCAAUUUAUUAAUGACGUUUUUACGGAUCGGCCAAUCAGAGUGUACUAUGAACCACGUCUUCGCUUCAUUGAGAGGCUUUGUACACAAGUUUCCAACUGCAUUGUUUAAAGGUAGUGCAAACCUUUGUGGGGUGCUUUGUUAUGAGAUAUUAAGAUUAUGUAGUUCUAAACUUGAAUCAAUAAGAACCCAGGCGUGUUGUUUUAUGUAUCUUCUUAUGAGAAGUAACUUCGAAUACGGCGGAGGUGGUUGUGUCAGAGUUCAUCACCAGGUGAUUGUAGCAGUGUCGAAGUUAAUAGCUUCUGGGAUUAACCGUGCCUCAAUGAGCCAAUCAUUGAUUAUGUUAAAAAACUAUACUGCAGACGAUAAAGGAAUGAAAACCACAGAAUUUCCUGGUAAUGUACGCGAUCUAAUAAAGAAAGUUCAAACAGUUCUACAAGCAACUGCUCAAAUGAAGGAACAUGAAGACGAUCACGAGGUCCUUGUCGACCUUCAAUAUAGUUUGGCUAAAUCAUACUCAAGUACACCAGAAUUACGUCAAACGUGGUUACAGAGCAUGGCACAUAUUCAUGAGAAGAAUGGUGACUAUUCGGAGGCGGCUAUGUGUUUCAUACAUGCUGCUGCUCUCGUCGCGGAGUACUUAAAAGGGCGUGGAUGCUACACAGGUGGCUGCAGUUCGUUUAAACAUAUUUCGCCAAAUAUUCUACCAGAUGAAAGCGUUGCAAAUGAUGAUCAUAACGAGCUUGGCGAAAUGAGAUAUAGCUUGAAAAAUCUACUUCAUCUUUUGGAAGUUAGCAUAAGUGGGUUAAAGAUAGCGGAAAGAUACGAAGUUAUGGGGGACGUGUAUAAACUUGCAAUACCAUUGUAUGAGCAAGAUCGCAACUAUCGUGACCUAGCUGCAGCGUAUGGAACUCUUAAAGAAUCAUACGACAAAGUUGUUGAGGUUAUGAUGUCUGGUAAAAGAGUACUUGGUCGUUAUUAUCGCGUAGCUUUUUAUGGAAGGGCUUUUAAAGUGAGCGACGGGAAAGAAUUUAUAUACAAAGAACCAAAGCUGACUUCAUUGCCAGAAAUUUCAUUCCGACUUCACGAGAAGUACAAUUCAAAACAUGGAAAUGUUAAGUUAAUACAAGACUCGUCUAAGGUGAAACCUGAGGAGUUAAAUCCAGCUGUGAAUUAUAUCCAGGUGACAUUUGUGCAACCCUAUUUUGAUGAUGAGGAGUACGAAAAACGAGUCACAUAUUUUGAGAAGGAACAUAACAUUCGUAGAUUUGUGUUUGAAACACCUUUUACUUUGUCUGGUAAAGCACAUGGCGCGCUUGCAGAACAACACAAAAGGAAAACAAUUUUAACAACUUCGCAUUGUUUUCCGUAUGUCAAGAAAAGAAUCCUAGUUGUUCAGCAAGAACAAUACGAACUAUCACCAAUAGAGGUUGCUAUUGAUGAAAUGCAGAGCAAAGUAAAAGAGUUAAACCAUGUGAUUUCACUCGACCCACCAGACAUGAAGAAAUUGCAACUCAAACUUGCUGGAAGUGUCAGUGUUCAGGUGAAUGCUGGUCCAUUAGCAUACGCGCAAACCUUUCUAAAGAAUGACAUUGUUAAAAAUUACAUAGCGAAACAUAUCGAAGGGCUACAAGUUAUAUACAGGGAUUUCGUGAAAGCAUGUGGUCAAGCAGUGGAGUUAAAUGCUGUGCUGAUCAAACCAGACCAAAUUGCUUACCACGAAGAUUUAAAACAACGUUACGCUGACUUGAAGAUGGAAGUUGCUUCAUACUUAAAAGAGGAUACUGCAUUGGAGUUUCAAACUUUUGGUUCUCCUACUCAUUCGGAAGCUUAAAGGUACAAAAUAGCUGUGUCGUUAGAGGUACAAAUUAACUGCGUCGUUAGAGAGAAACAUUGUGUGUAUAGUUGUGUACAUAAACAUGUUAUUUGUGAACAGGAUAUCUUUAUUUUUAUACAGUAAUUUAGGUUAUAUUUAUGUGAAUAUUGAUUCUAAUUUUUAUAAUUUUAAUUUUAAUUCACAUCAGCUAGAAUAGAUAAUUUAUAUUUUUCGUCA